AUGGGGCGAUCGCCGUGCUGCGAGAAGGAGGGGCUGAAGAAGGGGCCAUGGACGCCGGAGGAGGACCAGAAGCUGCUCUCCUACAUUGAGCAGCAGGGCCACGGCUGCUGGCGCUCGCUGCCGGCCAAGGCCGGGCUGCAGCGGUGCGGCAAGAGCUGCCGGCUCCGGUGGACCAACUACCUCCGGCCGGACAUCAAGAGGGGCAAGUUCAGCCUGCAGGAGGAGCAGACCAUCAUCCAGCUCCAUGCGCUUCUCGGCAACAGGUGGUCAGCGAUCGCGACGCACCUGCCCAAGCGUACCGACAACGAGAUCAAGAACUACUGGAACACGCACCUCAAGAAGCGGCUGGCCAAGAUGGGCAUCGACCCGGUCACGCACAAGCCGCGGUCCGACGUGCCCGGCGGCGCGGGCGGCGCCGCCGAGGGGGCGGCCGGCGCGCAGCACGCCAAGGCCGCGGCGCACCUCAGCCACACGGCGCAGUGGGAGAGCGCGCGGCUCGAGGCCGAGGCGCGCCUGGCGCGGGAGGCCAAGCUGCGGGCGCUCGCCACGUCCGCCUCCUCCUCGGCGCAGUACCUGUCGGCGGCCCACGCCGCCGCGCCCGGGCUCGACUCGCCCACGUCCACGCUCAGCUUUGCGGACAGCGCGGCGCUCGCGUCGGUGCUGGAGGCGCACAGUGCCGCGGCCGCCGCGCGCGCAGCCAUGCAGCCCAUGCAGGCGUACGAGGAGGCGUGCAAGGACCAGAACUGGGGCGACGCCGACGCCGCCGACGCGGGCUUCGCCGAGGCGGCGGGCUUCACCGGGCUGCUUCUUGACGGCUCGCUGAACCAGAACCCGAGGCCGGCGGCGAGGGACGACGCCGAGGCGGGCGCCGAAGCGCACGAGACAGAGGAGGAGAAGAACUACUGGAACAGUAUACUGAACCUGGUCAACUCGUCUGCGUCAGCGGUGGUGCCCGCCGAUGAGGCGUACUCGCCGGCGCCAGAGUACUGA